GGACGCGCGCGCCUCGGACUUCCGGCUGCGAGCCGGGUCGCGAGUUGGGCCGCCAGAUCUGGGAAUCCCGCUCAGCCAGGCUUCAGCUGAGCCGGGCUGCAGCAAUGAGCAGCGAUGACUCCUCCCUCAUGGCUUCGAUCAUUUACUACAGCCAGGAAAAGUACUUCCACCAUGUGCAGCAGGCUGCAAGUGUGGGCUUAGAGAGGUACAGCAAUGACCCUGUACUGCAGUUCUUCAAAGCUUAUGGAGUUCUUGGGGAAGACCAUAUCCAUGAUGCCAUCAGUGAGCUGGAGAGCAUCCAAAGCCACCCAGAUAUGUCCCUGUGCUCUGUCAUCGCUCUGCUUUAUGCUCACAAGUGCUGCGACACCAUUGACAGAGAAGCAGUUCAGGAGUUGGAGAGCAGCUUGAAGGAAAUCCGCAAGACGGCCAGCGACACUGCCCUGUACUACGCCAGCCUCUUCCUCUGGCUCAUAGGCCACCACGACAAGGCCAGGGAAUAUGUUGACCACAUGCUGAAGGUCUGCAGUGGCUCCAAAGAGGGCUAUGUGCUCAAAGGCUGGGUGGACCUCACCUCCAAUAAGCCCCACGUCGUGAAGAAAUCCAUCAAGUACCUGGAACAAGGAACUCAGGACACCAAAGAUGUGCUGGGGCUGAUGGGCAAGGCAACAUACUACCUGAUACAGCAGAACUUCUCCGGGGCCCUGGAGGUGGUGAACCAGGUCACUAUGGCCUCAGGGAACUUCCUGCCGGCCUUAGUCCUGAAGAUGAGGCUGUUCCUGGCUCGGCAAGAUUGGGACCAGACAGUUGAAACUGGACACAGAAUCCUUGAAAAAGACGAAAGCAAUAUUGAUGCCUGGCAAAUUCUAACUGUGCACGAGCUUGUGAGGGAAGGAAACACGGCCACGGCCACCGAUCAUGUUAAAAAUCUCAUCAAGGCACUAGAGACUGGAGAACCCCAGAAUCCCAGCCUCCACCUUAAGAAGAUUCUUGUGGUCAGUAGACUGUGCGGGAGGCACCAGGCAGUCCAGCGACUUGUGAGCGGCUUCCUGGAGCGCAUCUUCAUGACCACACCUUCCUGUGCCCUGGUGGCCACAGAGUUGGGCUAUCUCUUCAUCCUCCAGCAGCAAGUGAAGGAAGCAUGCUUGUGGUACAAGGAGGCCAUGAAGCUGGAGGAGAACCGGCUGGCUGCAUUGGCAGGGAGCAUCUGGUGCCAGAUCUUGCAGGGCCAGCUGGAGGAGGCGGCGCACCAGCUGGAGUUCCUCAAGGAGGUGCAGCAGUCCCUCGGGAAGUCUGAGGUACUGGUCUUCCUGCAAGCCCUUGUGGCAUCUAAGAAGCAAAAGCCAGAGCAAGAGGCCACCGCGCUCCUGAAGGAGGCAGUGGAGCUGCACUUCUCCAGCAUGCAGGGCCUGGCCCUGAGCCCCGAGUACUUCGAAAAGCUGGACCCCCUCUUUCUGGUCUGCAUUGCCAAGGAGUAUCUGCAUUUCUGCCCCAAGCAGCCUCGGUCACCUGGCCAGCUUGUGUCUCCACUUCUUAAACAAGUCGCUAUGAUCUUGAGUCCUGUGGUAAAGGUAGCCCCAGCCAUGAUGGACCCACUGUUUGUGACGGCUCAGGUCAAGUUCCUCUCAGGAGAGCUAGAGAACUCCCAGAGCACCCUGCAGCGCUGCCUGGAGCUGGAUCCCACCUUUGUGGAUGCCCACCUCCUCAUGUCCCAGAUCUACCUGGCUCAGGGCAACUUUGCCAUGUGUUCCCACUGUUUAGAGCUGGGUGUCAGCCACAACUUCCAGGUCCGAGACUACCCCCUCUACCACUUCAUCAAAGCCAGGGCCCUCAACAAGACUGGUGACUAUGCCGAGGCCAUAAAAACCUUGAAGAUGAUCGUAAAACUGCCCACCACAAGGGUGGAAGAAAGCAGGAAGAGCCGAGGCCCCUCCGUACGGCCCAGUGAGCGGGCAUCCAUCCUGCUGGAGCUAGUAGAGGCCCUCCGACUGAAUGGGGAGCUGCACGAGGCCACCAAGAUCAUGCAGGAUGCCAUCAAUGAGUUCAGCGGCACGCCCGAGGAGAUGCGCAUCACAGUCGCCAACGUGGACCUGGCGCUGAGCAAAGGCAACGUGGACUUGGCCCUGAGCAUGCUGAGAGGCAUCACGCCCAAGCAGCCCUGCUACACGGAAGCCAAGGAGAAGAUGGCCAGCAUCUACCUGCACACACGCAAGGACAUGCACCUCUACAUAGGCUGCUACAUGGAGCUCUGUGAACACCUGCCUGGCCCCCACAGCAGCCUGCUACUGGGCGACGCUUUCAUGAACAUUCAGGAGCCUGAGAAGGCCCUGGAGGUGUACGAUGAGGCCUAUAGAAAGAACCCUCACGAUGCCUCCUUGGUCAGCAGGAUUGGACAAGCCUACAUGAAGACCCACCACUACGCCAAGGCCAUUAAUUACUAUGAAGCUGCCCAGAAGAUCAGUGGGCAGGACUUCCUGUGCUGCGAACUGGCCGAGCUGCUGCUGAAGCUGAAGAAAUAUCACAAGGCAGAGAAGGUGCUGAAGCAGGCCUUGGAACGAGACUCUGGGGUCAAGGACAUUCCAUCCCUGAUGAAUGAGGUCAAGUGCUUGCUUUUGCUGGCAAAGGUUUACAAGAACCAUAAAAAAGAGGAUGUGGUUGGAACACUGAACCAGGCCUUGGACCUCCAGUCUCGGAUACUGAAGAGGGUUCCCCUGGAGCAACCCGAAAUGCUCCCCUUCCAGAAGCAGCUGGCAGCCUCCAUCUGCAUCCAGACCGGGGAGCAUUACGUGACGGAGAAAGACUACGACAACGCCGUGAAAUCCUACAAGGAUGCCCUCUCCUACUCGCCAACGGACAACAAGGUGGCGCUGGAGCUGGCUCAACUCUACCUGCUUCAGGGGCAGCUGGACUUGUGUGAACAGCGCUGUGGCCCCCUCUUACAGAUGGAACAGACACACGAGAGAGCUGCGGUGAUGCUGGCUGACCUGAUGUUCAGAAAACAAAACUACGAAGCAGCCAUCAGUCUCUACCGCCAAGUGCUGGAGAAAGCUCCAGACAAUUUUUUGGUAUUGAAUAAGUUGAUCGAUCUGCUACGGCGGAGUGGCAAGCUUGAAGAGGCUCCUGCUUUCUUUGAACUGGCCAAGAAGGUGUCUAGCCGGGUGCCUUUGGAGCCAGGGUUUAACUACUGCCAAGGCGUUUACUACUGGCACAUUGGACAGCCCAAUGAAGCCUUGAAAUUUCUGAACAAAGCCCGAAAGGACAGCACCUGGGGCCAGAUUGCCACCUGCUACAUGGUCCAGAUCUGUCUGAACCCUGAUAACGAGAUUGUCGGUGGGGAGACCUUCGAGAGCCUGAUGGCUGACAGCAACUCCACCAGUAGGAAAGAGUCCCAGCAACACGGGGUGCGCACGGCAGAGAAGCUCCUGCGGGAAUUUUACCCGCACUCGGACUCCAGGCAGACCCAGCUGCGGCUGCUGCAGAGCCUCUGCCUGCUGGCCACCAGGGAGAAGGCGAAUGUAGAGGCGGCUCUCGGGUCCUUUAUCGAGAUGGCCCAGGCUGAGAAGGACAGUAUCCCUGUAUUGCUGGCCAUGGCACAGGCCUACAUGCUACUGAAGCAAGUCCCCAAGGCUCGCACGCAGCUGAAGCGCCUCGCCAAGGUCCCGUGGACGCUGGAUGAGGCCGAAGACCUGGAAAAGAGCUGGCUUCUGCUAGCUGACAUAUACUGCCAAGGCGGCAAGUUCGACCUGGCCUCGGAGCUGCUUAGCCGCUGCCUCCAGUACAACAAGUCUUGCUGCAAGGCCUAUGAGUACAUGGGUUUCAUCAUGGAAAAAGAGCAGUCCUACAAGGAUGCGGCCACCAACUAUGAGCUGGCCUGGAAGUACAGUCACCAAGCCAGCCCUGCCAUUGGUUUCAAACUGGCUUUCAACUAUCUGAAAGACAAGAAAUUUGUGGAUGCCAUCGAAGUCUGUCACAGUGUCCUGACGGAGUACCCCAAUUAUCCCAAGAUCAGAGAGGAAAUUUUGGAGAAAGCCCAAGGGUCCUUGAGGCCCUAGCUGUGCCUGGAGAGGGCUUGAGCCGGUAGAGGUCACCAGUCUAUACACACUACGUGGGGGAGAGCAGGAAGUGCCCCGGUGGAGAAAGAACUGGGAAAAUGACAUAUUCUCGCCAUUUCUGUAUUGUCUGUGCUUUAUUUGGACUCAUGCCUCAUCUGGCCUGAAGGUGUCUAGAAGCUUUAUGUCUUUAAGGCCUAAGAAGCAACUUUCCCUGGGGCUCUCUGGCCCCUUCCUCAUGGAGCUCACUUUUGUUCCAGACUCUUGAAGAAGCAGAACAAAGAGAUCUCCCAGUAGAGCGGUGGCUGGGAACAAGCACCCGAGAGCUAUUUCAGAGUGUCCCCUGCCCCAAUAUCUCCCAGUAUCUCGGAACUAGAGAAGCAACUACCCCUCCCUACCAGGAUGUCCACUGAGCCUGCCCUGGCAGUGGGCUCAGACCAUAGGACCACCUGCAGAAGGGCCUGAACUAAGACCCUGUGCAAGAGGGUCAACAGAUUAUCAAGGCCCAUUGUCUUCAUCCACCUCCCCCAAGCUGGACCUCACAUGGUAGGGACAAAUCACAUUCUCACCAAGCCACAUCCAGCCCCUGCAAUCACCACACUCUGGAUUUUGUGAAAGAUACUGGCCAGCCAGCUCUCCUUCUAGGAACCCAUUUAAUGCCUGAGCGGGCAGGCGGCAGGUGCAGUGCAGCGGUCCCUAUUCAGAUGCUAAGAUCAUUUUACCUGGUAAGAGAACUCACCUUUGCUGGGUUCCCAAUACACCUCUCCCUGUUUCUCAGGAUGGAAUUAUGGGUCAGUCCAGCCUUGGGGGAAUGGGGGGAAGCAGGGACUCUGAACUGGGUAUCUGGAGGCCCCUCCCACGUGCUCCACUCUAAGAUCAGGGCAGGGGAUGUGACUUAGCUGGUGGACCCCUUGUUCAGUGUGCAUGACGUCCUGAGUUUGACACCCCCCCCCAGCACACAUAAGUCACACCUGGAACCCCAGCACUUUGGAAGGUCAAGCUCAUCCUAACUGAGUGAUCUUGGGCUACGUAAGACCCCAUCUCAAAAAAGAAAGACUCCAUCUCCCGAAUUUUGCAUCAUCCUUUGCCAGUAAUAUCUAGAAAAUCAUUUAUUUAUAAUGGGUUGGAAGUGAGGGUGUCAUGACCCCCAGGAAGACACAGUACCCCUGAACUCAUCUUCUACCCUUAAAUUGAGUAAUGCUGUGCUUACCCAUGUUUACUGCUAGCUAGCACAACAGUUAGGAAUUCUUGGGUGCUGUUGAAAAGGAUAGGUCUCAGCUGGUAGUGUGUGCCUUUAAUCCCAGCAACAUUUAGGAGGCAGAGGCAGGUGGAGCUCUGAACUGAAGGCCAGCCUGAUCGACAGAGUGAGUUCCAGUGAGUGAGCUACCACACAGAGAAACCCUGUCUCCAAAAAGAAGAAAAAGGAUGGGCUUCCCUUUUAAGCAUAUUGCUAUAUUCUAAAGAAAACUUCCAGGCCAGCCCGGUCUGCAUAGGGAGUUCCAGGCCAGCCAGGGCUCUGUAGCUGGUUGCAGUCUCAAGACCAAAGACUGGAGCUGGUAAGACAGCUCAGCAGAUAAAGGUUCCUGUCCCAACUCUGAUGACCUGACUUGAAUCCCUAGGUCCCAUGUAGUGGGAAAGAAUCAAUUUGCACAAGUUGUCCUCUGACCUCCGCACAAGAAUUGCGGCAUGCGUAAGCUCGUGUUUAUACAGAAAAUAAAAAGAGUGGCUGAAUUAAUGAAUAAAGCAGUCUCAAAAUAAAGGCCUCAGUGUGGGUAGAACGUAGAUGUGUGGUGGCGGUGGAUGACCUACUAUCCCAGCACUGGGGAGUGGAGAUUAACAUCACCGUCCACAACAAAGCAGGUACAACCUGGGCUACAUGAGACCUUGUCUCAGAGGGGGAGUGUGUGUGUGUGUGUGUGUGUGUGUGUGUGUCGGGACAACUUCCUAUAAUCCCAGGAUUUGGGAGGUAAUAGCAGGAGGAUCAGGAGUUCAAGGUCACCCUCAGCUACCUGACAAGAGAGUUUUAGACCUUUAGUUGCCUGGAUGGCUGCUAAAUCUUGUUUUCCAUCUUUCUUCCGGUGCUGGAGCUAGAACCCAGGGCCGUGAGGGUGCCUGACUGGUACUCCAUUGUGCACUCCAGCCCCGGCCUUUCUGUAACACUGCUGACCAUGUGCAUAGAUCUAGAAUGCUACCUUCUCUCCGAUAGGGACGAUCAGGUCCUUUUCCUCUGCUGUUUGACAACAGUGUUGUUGGGACACGUUUAUUAGGCGGUCUGUGUUUGAGUUUUGGGAGCAUGCUGCUGUAAGAGACUGAUGUUAAUCAUAUUUUUUCUGUCUCCAUUUAAACAAAACUCCCAGAACUGACCCUGUGACCCUAGAUGGGAAUUAAAGGCCUCAGUCUGAGCUGAGCAGGGACGGAGUCUGUGGAGGAGCCUUCUGAGAGUGCCUGCUCAGAAGAGACACAAUGCUGCAUGCAAGCACCAUCUCUGCACAAGGGUCUCCAGGCCCUGGUGAUGGAAGGGGCGAGGAGGUAGGUCAGAACGGACCAGGAGACUCUACUCUGAGAAGUUAAUACGCUUAAAGCCAGUAUGCGGGCGGUGAUCCAAGCCCUCAGGCCGCAGUGGCACAUGCCUUUAAUCCCAGAUCUCUGUGUUCAAGGCCAGCCUGGUCUACAGAGCAAGUUCCACAACAGGCUCCAAAGCUACAGAGAAACCCUGUCUCAGGGCUGGAGAGAUGGCUCAGUGGUUAAGAACACUGACUGCUCUUUCAGAGGACCAGAUUCAAUUCCCAGCACCCCACAUGGCAGCUCACAACUGUCUAACUCAAGAUCUCUGACACCCUAACACAUACAUGCAGGCAAAACACCAGCGCAAAGAAAGAAAAAGAAAAGGUCAGAGAGAAACAGAAUGGGUAUCAGUGUGCUCACGGGCUUAUACACACCACCGGCUUUCGAGCUGCUGCCCGGGUAGGAAUGGAGCAGUCUGAGAGUAGUCACUGCACGGGAUUGGAGAAACCCAGCAAUCUGCACGGCCCCUCACCAGGGAGUGAGGCAGGUAGCACACAGCAGGGGGCUGGAGCAUAGACAGGGGUGCCUGCGGUCAUUCCCUGGAGGACUGUGCAAGUCCCUUCAAGCUCCAGACUGGGGUUCUCCAGAGCAAGGCGCAGCCAGGCCUGCACCGCUGGCCUAAGGCCUAUUCUGGCUGACUUGGGACAGGUCUAACAGGUCUGGCUGGUAGAGACACUUCCGGAGCAAGCGCAAGUCCCCAGGGACUACAGCUGCCGAGCCCUGUCACCAGGCCAGGCCUCCCCUAGCCACAUCUUACUGCCCUGCCCUUCCUGGACCAAGACAGUAGCUUCUGGGCCAGGGCCCAGACCAGUGUGUAUGUAUGCAAAGGAGGGUGCCCUUCCCCAGCCUAAGCGACAAUUCUGCUGCCUUACAAUUCCCUGCUGUGGCCCAGACGGCACUGCCGAGGAAUGGGUUAACGCAGAAGGAAAACUUCCAUUUGCCCAGCCAACCUCUCAGUUGGCUUUCUGCCUCUGGGCUGACUGGCCCGCCUGGAAGGAAGCCCAAUGUGCUGGUCCUGCCGCAUCAGCACGGCCAGCCGCUGUCCAUGCUACCCUGCAGUGCCCUGCCCCACUGCUUCCUGGGGGUGCACCAUGCUCCCCACCCCACCACAGAGACCACACUUAAAAAUAGAGCGUCUUUAUUGGUACCUGUGCUCAGGUACAAUGUGUUCCCACAAGCACACAGGCUGGCAAGGCCUCCUGGGCAAAGAGCAGGGCCUGAGCCUGUGUCUCUUGGCACACACACACAUACAAAGAAAUGAAUAAAUUAUAGUUCUGACACUUAAGAGACAAUAUAAAAAUGCAUACAAAAUCCAACAUCAGCUAAUGAAGGGCAUAAAAGCCCUCAACAAGAGCCACCCCCUGCCAACUGGCCGAGGGGCACAUGGUGGGCAAAGGGUGGAGUUCAGUGCCCAGAAAGCCCUGAGACAGUGAUGGGGCGCACUUCGGGGUGCGCUUCAUGCCCUGAGGCAGGCCCGUUGCCCCCUCCUUGGGGCCUCUGGCUUCCCAUCCUACAGGAAUGGGCUCUAUAACCCAUGGCCUUGGGGGAAAAAGGAACCGGGCACAGGACAGUAGUGGCCAGGCAGGGGCAAAAGAGGUUUUUGGUCAAGGCUGGUGCAGCGCACACCCUCAGCUCAGGAGCCAGGCAGCUGACUGGGUAACAGGCUCAAACCCACGCAGACCACACCAAGGCCCAGGCAGGCAGCGCACACUGAAGGGGCUCUGCCCCAACACUGCCCACCUGCCAGAAAGGCUCGACCACUGAUGCCGCCCGCAGUCCCCAAAUAAAUUACAGGAAUAAAUUACAUCUUCACAGUCCAGAAGAUCUAGUUCCCAGGCUUCAGAGGAACCCAUAAGCCUCUGCUCUCAGCCCUAUUGCUGUCUUGGGACAAGGAACCUAUCACAGUGCAGAAAGACAGUUCCUGAGGCUCCAGGAGAGCCCUGCCCCUCUUCCUCCUUCUGGAACACGCUGGGAGGUGGAAGACCUCUGUUUGAAUACAAAGAGACCAGGCAUUGAAAGAGGGACACCCCUCCCUGCCCUCUCUUUAAUACAGAAUAAAAAAAAUAAAAAAAUAAAUAACUUCAGAGUGUUAAUGUAAAAAUAAGAGGGUGCAUUCAGCACCCAUGGCCAGGACCAGCCCACGGGAGACCGUUACAUACAAAGACCUUGGGGAACCCCAAAAUCACACAAAAAGCAGCAACAG